AUGGCCGGGCGCGAUGAGCAGUGGUCAGAUUCGAGGGCGAAAGGCCGAAAAGACGAAGCUGCAUGGUCCACCGGCUCAUUACUUGCGGUUGCUGCGCUUACCUCUAUUUUAUGCGCUGCAUUUGCAUCACUAACACUGAGCAUGCGGAGGCCCGGAUGUUAUCGUCGCCCAUACAAUUCCACUUUGCUCGUGGUUGUUACGGAUCUGGACAAGAAUAGUUUGCAUUCGACGAAAAAAUAUCACUGGCAGAGCUACAUGAAAGAGGGUGUCUUGACGCUGAAUAACGAUUACACUCACGCAUCCGUUCUUUGGGAUGAUAAAACAGAGAUUUCACUUUAUUCUACAUUUGCUGCUGGUGGGCGGUCAAUGGAACUUUCAGACCUGGUUGUUUUCGAUGGUAGAUUGUUAUCCGUUGAUGACCGAACGGGUAUUUUAUACAGAAUUGAACAGGGAGUCGCUUAUCCUUGGGUUUACGUAAGUGAUGGAGACGGCAGCACAGCAAAAGGCUUUAAAGGCGAAUGGAUGACAGUGAAAGAUGACGACCUGUGGGUUGGUGGGCUUGGAAAAGAGUGGACAACCACUGAAGGCGUAUUUGUCAAUUUUAACCCAAUGUGGGUUAAGAGAGUAACACGUGAAGGCACUGUAGAACAUAUUAACUGGAUUGAUGAAUACAAAAAAUUGCGCUCAGCACUGGGCAUCGAAUGGCCCGGCUACAUGAUACAUGAGUCGGCGCAAUGGUCCACUGUUUAUCGAAAAUGGUUCUUUUUGCCGAGAAGAGCAAGCAAGCUCACAUAUACGGAAGCAGAAGAUGAGGAAAGAGGUGGGGCAGCUUGCUUGCAUAAACUGGAUAUUAUUUUGAGUGUUCACUUGUUGGAUGAGUCACAGCUGGAGCCAGCAGCAGUAGAUAAGGAUGCUCGCAUUUAG